UCUCCUCAGCAGCUCCGGGAGAAGAAUGGGAACAGGGCUGUGGACUGAACAUGCAGACGAGGCUGGGUGUGAAAACAUGAGGACAACGGGCAGCUUUUAACCCUAUUCAAAACAGAAAUUACAGCCUUUCAUAUCAGGAGUUUUCCUUCUGUUUUCCCCCCUGAGGAUAUCUGCUCCCAUUGGAGACCACGUUAGAAAAGAAGACCCUCUUUGUGGAUUCACUGGUGUAAAAGCCCAGUCACAGAGCGGAGUGGUGGUUUCAUCUGACCUUUAACCUCACUAGGAAGAAGUCAAAACCACUUCAGAGGGAAGAGUUCCUGUAAACCAGAAUGGAGCAGGUAUCAGAUGAUGAGCUGGACCAUGGAGCAGAGGAGGACAGUGACAAGGAGGACCAGGACUUGGACAAGAUGUUUGGAGCCUGGCUGGGAGAGCUGGACAAGCUCACACAGAGUCUGGAUGAUGGCAGGCCACAGAAAGCACUGCAGAAGCCUCCUCUCAGGCAAGAGACCAACAUGGCCAACUUCUCCUACCGCUUCUCAAUGUACAACAUAAAUGAGGCACUGAACCAGGGAGACACAGUGGAUCUGGAUGCCCUGAUGGCUGACCUGUGCUCCAUCGAGCAGGAGCUCAAUACCAUUUCCAAACCAAACUCAUCUUCUCGCAGCCAGAACAAAGGCCAGCAGCGGGCCCAUGGGGGGCGCAGUGCCAGCACCAAGCACACAGGCACCAGUGGAGGGGGCAGCAGCGGAGGAAGUACCAGUAGCAGCACCCGGGCAUCACCAGCCAACACAGUACGAGGUGGCAGCGUCAACGCUCGCCCUGCCGCCUCAAACAUCUCCCUGGACGACAUCACCUCUCAGCUGGAGAAGGCCUCUCUCAGCAUGGACGAAGCCGCGCGCCAGACGUCCUCCUCUUCCUCCUCCUCUUCGUCUUCAUUCUCCUCCACCACACUUCGGCGGCCCUCGUCUGGAUCGUCCGGCGGCGGGCAGCACAGGAGGACGGGUUCGGUGGGCGCAGUCAGCGAACAGGAAGCUCCGUCCCAGCGGUCCAGUGUAAAUUCAGCAUGUGCCUCAGCUUCCAGCAUGGACUCCCUGGACACUGAUAAAGUGCUGACCGGUGGAGAGGUGGAGGGCCAGAGCAGCCCGAGCACACAAGGACAAAACCAGACCAGCACUGAGCAUGUCACACUGCGACGGGCCAAUGGUAAGCCAACCAGACGGCAGCUUGACUUCACCUCACAAGACGGUGAAGUGGAUCGGGCCACUCACUCCUAUCUGGACCGAGAAACCUCGCUCAUUCUGAAAAGCAUAGCUGGAAAGCCCUCUCACCUCCUGACCAAGGAGGAGCAAGCUGCCAAGCUGAAGGCAGAGAAGAUCAGAGUCGCCCUGGAGAAAAUCAAGGAGGCACAGGUCAAAAAGCUGGUGAUCAGAGUCCAUAUGUCAGACGAGAGCUCCAAGACCAUGAUGGUGGAUGAGCGCCAGACAGUCAGGCAGGUGCUGGACAGCCUGCUGGAUAAGUCACACUGUGGCUACAGCCCUGACUGGUCUCUUGUGGAAACCAUCACUGAGUUACAGAUGGAGCGUAUUUUUGAGGAUCAUGAGAACUUGGUGGAGAAUCUGCUUAACUGGACCCGUGACAGCCACAACAAGCUCAUGUUCAUUGAGCGCAUCGAGAAAUAUGCUCUUUUCAAGAACCCUCAGAACUAUUUGCUGGGGCGGAAGGAGACAUCAGAAAUGGCUGACAGGAAUAAAGAGGCUUUAUUAGAGGAGUGUUUCUGUGGUGGCUCGGUGUCUGUGCCAGAGAUCGAGGGUGUCCUGUGGCUUAAAGAGGACGGGAAGAAGUCGUGGAAGAAGCGUUACUUCCUCCUCAGGGCUUCUGGGAUUUAUUAUGUCCCCAAAGGCAAAGCCAAGGCGUCCAGAGAUCUUGUAUGCUUCCUGCAGUUGGACCAUGUUAAUGUGUAUUACGGCCAGGACUACCGCAGCAAAUACAAGGCUCCUACUGACUACUGCUUGGCUCUGAAGCAUCCACAAAUCCAGAAGAAAUCACAGUACAUCAAGUAUCUGUGCUGCGAUGAUGUCAGGACCCUGCACCAGUGGGUCAAUGGAAUCCGCAUUGCCAAGUAUGGGAAGCAGCUGUACGUGAACUACCAGGAAGCCAUGAAGAGGACAGAGGCGGCCUAUGAUUGGUCCUCUCUCUCUACCGCCAGCAUCCGAUCUGGCUCCAGUUCUGCCAGCAUACCUGAGUCCCAGUCUAAUCAUUCUGGCCAUUCAGACAGUGGGGUGGACACGGGCUCCUCUCAUGGCCGGUCCCAGAGUGUGGUGAGCUCCAUUUUUUCAGAAGCCUGGAAGAGAGGAACCCAGAUCGAGGAAAACACCAAGCAUAUGAGAAUGGAGGCAUCCAGAGGGGCCACACUGCCACAUGCCUCCCACAGCCACCGGCAUCACAGCCAGCAUUCAGUAGACCACCCAGCCCUGACGCCUCCUCCUCAGCCCCAGGUGCAGCCACAGCCACAGCAGCAACACCCACCACAGCCACAGCAGCCACCGGUGCAACCCCAGACACCAACCCUGCCACAGCAUCAGCACCCGCCCCCCCAGCCUCAUUCCCCUCAGCAGGCACUCCAGCCGCCACCACCCGCGGCACCUCAGGGGCCGCCGCAGCCUCCACAGCCUCCACAGUCUCCACAGCAGCCGCAGCCGCAACACCACUCCCCGGCCCCCACCAUGUACAAGUUCAGCACCAUCAACAGGCUGCAGAACCAGAAGUCCUCCCAGGGCUUCAAUCACAAGUUGCCCAGUCACAUCCAUGCAAUGGGUCAGCAAGUUCUGCCCCCAAUUCCAGCCCCGGCGCAGAUCAUCAAACCAAAUGUGAAUCACAUUGCUGCAAGGACUAAUGUCCCGCCUCCCCCUCCGCCUCCUCCUCCCCCUCCACCAUCCAUGCCAACCCCUGGGUCAGCUAUGGCCGUGUUGAAGCUGGGCCCUCCCAGCCCAGCUGCUCCACCUGCCUUCAUCCCACCACCGCCAGCUCCCCCACCUGCUCCACAGACCAAUGGAGUAGCCUUUCCUCCCCCUCCUCCCCCUCUACCACCCCCUGCGCAGGCCCCCACGAGUCAGCAAGUCUACUCCAAUGGGCUGAAGCAGGCACUGAAGGAGCGCUUUCCCAGCCCACCACGGGACCUCCUAUGUCCAAAUGGAGGCCUUGAGGAUUCUCCACCACCUGCCCCCGCUCCACCACCCCCACCUCCUCCACCCCCACCCCCACCACCACCUCCUCCUCCUCCCCAGCAGUUCCCAAUACCAGCCCAGUUUCCACCUCCGCCUGCGCCACCACCAGCGCCACCCAAAACCUUCACCCCUGGUUUUGUUCCUCAUACUGCCUCCAAGCCCAUGUCACCAGUUUCUCCUUUCCCUCCCGCGCCGCCUCCUGCUGCUCUAGGAGGCCCGACUCCACCACCACCACCCCCACCUCCACCUGCACCCCUCAAGAAGCAGUUCAGCCUCCAGGCAGGCUACACCUCCAGUCACCCCCCUCCAACUCUGCCCAAGCAGCACAGCCUGUCUAAGCCAGCAUCCAUUUCCACAGGAGCCCCACCAACCAUGUCUUUGGUGAAACAACUUGCAAGCCAGUUUCCUGGAGCUUCAUCUCAAGUAGCGAAUCACACAGAGAGCCCCAAAGCCCCCCUCUCCCCACCUGCAGUUAAGACCAAACCAAAAUGGCAGCCUGGGGGCGGCCAGCAGCUACAGUCUCCAGAGUUCCCUCCUCCUCCUCCAGACAACAACACUGGCUUCCCUGCAGCUCCCCCUCCUCCUCCUCCACCUCCUCCGCCACCUCCUCCAGCACCUGUCACUGGCCCAACACCACCACCUCCUCCCCUUCCUCCUGGAAAUCUGGGCUCCCCCAUAAGGAGGUCACCCCCUGGCUCCUUCAAUUUUGGAGGAAAGAAGCCUCCUCCCACCCCGCAGAGGAACUCCAGCAUCAAGGCCGACUCCUCAGCCUCCUAUGAGGAAUCCAGGAGAAACUUGCUCAGCAAGUUUGCUCCCCAGAGUAACACCUCCUCUUCCUCCUCAUGUCCCCCCUCCUCCUCCAGUGGAUCCCCCUCUAAGGACCCCUCAAAUGGACCUCCUGCUCCCCCAAAACCAGGCAAGCUCAACCUGGCUAACCUUCCCUUGGCGCUUCAGGCCAAAGUGAGCCAGGUGAAGCAGUCCAGUGGCGACUUCCCUUCCCCACCCCCUGAGUGCGCCUACUUCCCACCUCCUCCCCCAGCCACUGACCUCUUCCCCCCUCCACCACCUCCAGGUAAUGACGCCCACAGCGGAGGACCUCCCAGGGUCGCUGUGGUCAACCCCCAGCCCCAGGCUCCCCCUCCUCCACCACCUGUCCCCCUUGUCAGCAACUCAACAUGGGGAAAGAGCUCGCUGAAAAAGACUCCUCCACCCACACUCGGACGGCGUAGUAACACCACCCCAGAACCUCCUCCGCUCUCGCCACCUCCGCCCACCUCCCCUAAGGGCAGCUCAGGCCAGCCCAAUUUCUUGGAGGAUCUCAACCGGACACUGAAGCGAAAGUCAGUAGGUCGCCAGGGUUCUGUCAACUCCGCUGGCCUCUCGAGCAAGUUGGACCCUGCGGGGACUAUGGACGACAUGGCGCUGCCUCCGCCGCCACCUGAGCUGCUCCUGGACCAAGGAAAGCAAACCAAUGGAGGAAACGGUGGCUACAUGUCCGGAAACAUCUCAGGCUAUGCAACGCUACGACGAGGACCCCCACCUGCACCGCCCAAACGGGGGGAUACCACCAAACUUACUGGAGAGUGUUGAACUUGGAGGUCAGGACACAAAGAAGAAGAAUGAAUAGACGAUGAAAGAGUAUACUGAAGUGAACAUGCAUUCGUGGAAUGGGAGUGAAUUCCUGAACUGUUUAUGUUCUCUGACAAAAAGAAGACUGUGUAUAUACUAAAAGCCAAACCAGACCAUGGUCAAUUAGUGUUUGCUAAUUAUUGCAUUUUUUUUAACAUGCUAGGCAUUCUAGAUCAGUGGGGUUUACAGUACUGGGACAGCUUAGACUAGAGCAGGCAAGUUUGAGGUCGCAGAAAAGUCACAUUUUCUGCGACGGUCUAAACUCUCUGGAACAUAUUGCAACACCCUGUGUGGUAAACCCCACAUAUCUGGUACACCCAGCACAUUUAAACAAACACUAAUACGAGUUGUGCAAAUAUUACUGGAUCCAGGUCUGAGCCAAAUCAUGUAUCUGCUUCUUCGCCAUAAGUUUGUGCCACGUACUGAAGACAAAAAAGGAAACACAUCAGGAUCUUUCUGCUUUGGUACUGCAUGGACCACAUGUAACAACGAGCUGUAAAUCAUGAAGCUGUUCCGGUGUGUGUGCAUGUGUGAGAGAGAGAAACAGACUGAAUAUGCAUGCAUGCAUUGUGCGCAUGCAUGCAUGCAUGUAUGUAUGAUUAUAUGGUGGUGAAGUAGUUAACCAUUAGGGAAGGCCUUGGUGGAAAGGGGAUUGGAAGGUUUGCUUUUAUAUAAAAUUAUUUAAUGACUCAUAAAUGGAAGGAUUUUUUUACAAGUGUCUUUUAAUAGCUGGUCAACAAAGUGUAGAGAGGAACAGAACAACGUUAGGGCACAAUGGAAUGUAUAUGGGAGGUGAAAACAUUACAAAUUACACACAUGAAGGCAAUGAUUCAGUAACCCAGUGUACCUAGUAUCUGCUAAAAAUCUGUCGUCUCAAGUAUUUUUUGACUGUUUCACAAAUCAGAAGGAAGCCUUAUUCCCAAAGUCUUGCACAGAGGUCAAAACAGAAAGGAGAUAUCUUCCACAGGCUCAGCAGAGUCUGGACUGUGCAACUGGAAAAAAAAAAUACACUUGUUUUAUGUUGAUUUUCUUUUUUUAAUUUAAUGCAAAACUUGUAAUGGACUUCUGUGAACGCAGAGGAGGCCUAUGGUGGUGUAUCUUCGUGGACUGUGUGAGUUCCCUGUGUGUUGGCUUGAUUUUGGACCUUAUCCUUCAGUUUGUAUCUGUACAGUUGCAGCUGCUGCUCCGUUACUCUUGGUCCCCCCGCCGCCUUUUUACGUCACAUGGUGUCACUGUCCAGGAAGUUCAGACUGGAUUAAGCCGUGUGAAGUCCACUUAUCUUGUCUAGACAAGGUGACCCCGUUGAGAGAGAUGCAUUUGUCUGGUUAUGUACAGAACGUAAAUCAUGUAGUUAAUAACAGAAGUCAUCCAACUUGCAUUAGACUGAAUGUUGCUUUCAACUCUGUGUCUAUCGAAUCUUGUUUCUUUAUUUGCUGCUUCAGCCCUCAGCGCAAAGGGGACAAAAGUUAAUGCUUGAUUUUGUAUCUAGAGUCAAUCAUGAAGGGCUUUCAUUUCUAGCGGCAACGCCUUCAUUUUUAGGGUGCUAGUGCUGUCCUUCAAGGAACUCAUUCUCAACACGUCCUUGUGUGCCAGGAUGACAUAUCAUUGAUAUCAUUUAAACUGGUUUUAAAUUGGCUUUAGUGUGGAAAUGCGUGCUGUGUAAAUGUUUUACAGGAUAUGAGUUCCGAGGAGGAGGCCAUUAUAUCUGCAAGUCCUCUGAGCUUGUCAUGGAGAUGUGGCGGUCGAUUCCAUACAAGGCCUGUGCUCUUCUUUUGUCCUACUCAGCCACGGUGGUUUCAUAGCCACUUGAAGGCGGCGUACCUUUUCUUAUAACUGAAUAUCAUCGUCCUGAACAGGAUGUUUGCUACAGUACAGUAUGUAAGUUAUUGAUGUGCUGACGUGAACAUGUGGGGCCAAAUGAAAUGAAGAAAAACGGUUACAGAUAGAGUAAAUGUGUCCUCUUGCAUAUAAACUGAAAAUCACAAUAUAAAUGUUCAAACCAGACUUCAA